UCAGCUGGUUGAAACACUUCCACUAAAACACUUCCACACACUGCGGCCUCUCCUCGGUUCCUCCCCGUGUUUAGGCUCCUGUUUUCGGCUUCAUCAGAGCCCCUCGCCCCGCGGCCUGGUUCCUCCUGACCGUUCCUCUCUCGGUUGUUUCUCCCCCAGCAGCAGCACCAUGUCCUCGGCAGCUGGACGGCCGGGUCUCCCGGUUCUCCUGGUUCUCCCGGUUCUCCUCACUCUACUCUGCGGGAUCCUGCCUCUCGGAUCCGGAUUCAACCUGGAGACCGAGAGACCCUCCGUGUUCUCCGGACCCGAAAGGAGCUACUUCGGCUUCUCCGUGGACUUCUUCCUCAACAGCCCCAAGUCAGACAUCCUGGUCGGGGCUCCCCGGGCCAACGCCUCCUCUCCCUCCAGCAGUGCAGUGGUGGAGGGGGGGGCGGUGUACACCUGUCCCUGGAACCACGCCUCCUGCCAGCAGCUGCAGUUUGACAACACAGAUGACAGGGAGAAUACAGAUGGAGUUCAGAUGGAGUUUAAAUCUAAACAGUGGUUCGGAGCGUCGGUACGAUCUGACGGAGAACACAUCCUGGCAUGUGCUCCUCUCUAUCAGUGGUCCACGUUCGGGGGAGCCGAGCGGGAGCCGGUGGGAACGUGUUUCCUGAAGAAGGGAGCGACGGUGGUGGAAUACUCGCCCUGCAGAUCCAAUGCUAUCUCUCCUGAAGGUCAGGGCUUCUGUCAGGCCGGCUUCAGCGUCGACUUCCUGAAGAAAAACAACAGAGUCGUGGUGGGAGGACCGGGCAGCUUCUACUGGCAGGGUCAGCUGAUUUCAGACGACGUCUCUGAGAUUUUCACUCGCUUCAGUAAAACUGAAUUCGUCACUCCGUACGGAAACACUCUGGCCACCAAGUCAGCCAGCGCCCAGUACGACGACAGUUACCUAGGAUACUCCGUGACUGUGGGAGACUUCAACGAUGAUGGAAAAGAAGAUUACGUGACCGGAGUUCCACGAGGAGACAAGGCGCUGGGUUAUGUGAACAUCUUUAACGGCAUCAACAUGGACUCUAUGGUGAACUUCACAGGAACUCAGAUGGCGGCUUACUUUGGACAUUCGGUGGCAGCGACUGAUGUGAAUAAUGACGGUCUGGUGGAUCUGUUUGUUGGAGCUCCUCUCUUCAUGGACAGAGGCUCCGAUGGAAAACUGAGGGAGGUGGGACAGGUGUCGGUGUAUAUGGGCCGUGGAGGAUUCUCCUUCCACCCCCCCCAGCUGCUCACUGGGUCAGAGGUUUACGCCCGAUACGGAUCUGCCAUCGCCGAUCUGGGAGACCUGGACAUGGACGGAUACAACGAUAUCGCUGUCUCGGCUCCCUAUGGAGGCCCCGAUCAUCACGGCCUGGUCUACAUCCACAAUGGCCGCCCCAAGGGGCCCGACUCCUCCCCUUCUCAGGUCCUGCAGGGGAAGUGGGCGUCCAGCUACAUGCCCGCCAGCUUCGGGUACUCCAUGACCGGAAACACAGACAUAGAUCAGAACGGAUAUCCAGAUUUAUUGGUGGGAGUGUUCGGAGCAGACAAAGCUGUUUUAUACAGGGCUCGUCCAGUGAUCAGUGUGAACGCCACGUUAGACAUGACGCCACAGAUCAUCAACCCAGAGGACAAAUCCUGCACCCUGCCUGGAACCAGCACUCAAGUGUCCUGUUUCACGGUGAAGUACUGCGUGAAGGCCAGCGGCCGUGGAGCUCCAGCUACUCUCAAUUUCCGGGUGGACCUCCUUCUGGACCGCCUGAAGCAGAAGGAGGCGACGAAGCGAGUCCUCUUCCUGCACAGCCAGGCCUUCCACUUCUCCAAGAACGUGACGGUGUCCAACGGGAAGGGCCCGGCCUGCGAGGAGCAGCCGGUGUUCCUCAGGGACGACCGUGACUUCCGGGAUAAAAUCACGCCGAUCUCCGUGGCGAUGGAGUUCAGUCUGGAUUACCAGCGGGCGGCCGACGCCACCGGCCUGCUGCCCAUCCUCGACAUAUCGGCGCCCACCAACGUCACCAAGCAGGCUCACAUCCUGUUGGACUGUGGAGACGACAACAUCUGUAAACCUGACCUGAGGCUGUCCGUGAAGAGCGACCGGGAUCAGAUCUACAUCGGAGACGAUAACGCUCUGACUCUGGAGAUCAGCGCUGAGAAUCAGGGGGAGGGGGCGUACGAGGCCGAGCUGCACGUCUACCCCCCCCCGCAGGCCGACUUCACCGGGGUGGUCCGCAGCCAGACCCUGAGCCGGCUGUCCUGCGCCUACAAGAAGGAGAACCAGACCAAGAUGGUGGUGUGUGACCUUGGAAACCCCAUGAAGGGAGGAACCAAGGUGCUGGCAGAGCUGCGUUUCAGUGUCCACCAGCUGUCGGAGGAGGACACCUACGUGAAGUUUGACGUGCAGAUGGUCAGCUCCAAUCAGUUUGACAACACGAGUCCUCGAGUCUCCAGCAUCACCCAACUGGCUGUCCUCGCUAAAGUGUCCAUCAGAGGGACUUCCUCUCCUGGUCAGGUUUUGCUCCCGAUCGCUAACUGGAAACUUCGAGAGCCUCCGGUGGUCGGAGACGACAUCGGGCCGCAGAUAGUACACGUCUACGAGCUGCUGAACAGCGGGCCCAGCACCAUCAGUAAGGCCUCUCUGAUCGUGGACUGGCCUCAUCAGUACAGGAACGGGUCGCUGCUCUACAUCACAUCCUUCGACACCGACGGACCAAUCAACUGCACCACAGACAUCGAGAUCAACCCAUUCAACGUCUCCAACCCGCUGUCCUCGGGAGGGAGGAACACCAGCAGCGGGGGGGGGUGCCCUCCCAGAGAGACGGAGGGGAGGAAUACAAACCACGUGAAGAAGAGAGAGCUGGAGACGAGAGACUCGCAGAACGACGUGCAGAACCUGGACUGCAGCACAGCUCAGUGUUUGCGUCUGAAGUGUCAGGUGGGUCGUUUGGAGAGGAGGAAGCACGCCAUCCUCUUCAUCUACUCCAGACUCGCUGUCAACAACUUCCUGCGGACUGAGAAUCAGAAUCGAUCGUACGCAGUUCGAUCCACGGCGACCUUCAACGUCAUCCAGAUGCCGUACAAGAACCUGGUGUCAGAGCUGCCGUCCAACAGCACCACCGUGAGUGUGUCGGUGAUGUGGGUGACGGAGCCCCCCACCGCGGUGCCCGGCUGGGUGGUGGCGCUGGCGGUUCUGGCGGGUCUUCUGCUGCUGGCGCUGCUCAUCUUCAUCAUGUACAAGCUGGGUUUCUUUAAGCGAGUGCGCCCCCCCCAGGAGGAUUGCACUGAGAAGGAGCAGCUGCAGCCGGAGGAGAACGGCAACACGGACGCCUAGAGGUCAAAGGUCGUCCUUUCAGGUUUCACUGUAUUCACUGUCCAGGGGCAGAAAAACGGUACUGGAGUUUUUUUAAAUUAGUAAUCAUGUUGUGUUUGUGCCAAAAGACAAAUGGAACUAAAGCUAGCUGCCUGUUAGCCUAGCUUAGCAUACAGACUGGAAACAGCUAGCCUGGCACUGUGCAGCUGACCUUAAUAUCUUGAUAAUAAACAUGAUGUUAAUCUGAAAUCUGUUGAAGCAGGAAUUGUUCUUUUACAGAGGGUUGUGUAUUUACCGUUGUUUUAUUUGGGUUUUUGCAAGCAUUAAACAAUUAAUGUAUGAGUUUAAGAAGUGCUGGAUCAGUCAGAGGCUAGCUGUUUCCCAUUGUUUACAGUUGUUAUGCUAAGCUAACUAGCAGUUGGAAAGAGUAGUUUCCAAACUGUCCACCUUCUCCCUUUGACUGAAGUCUCUGAACGCAUCAUGGGUCAAAAAGUUGUUGUUUUCCAACGUAUUCUGCAGAGUGUGUGGCUUGAUAUUUAUUUUGCACAUUUUCUGACCCCGGAAAGAUGAAACUGUUGGCGCUCGUUGCCCAGAAAGUCCAGAACUGCUGAUAGGCCAUUUGUUUUUUAACCCCGAUCAACAACACUGUUUUGUGAAAUGAUUGGAGCCUGUAGUGAAGCUAGUUUCUAAAGGACGUUAGCCGUGAAGCUAUCUCUGUUAGCUUCCUUAAAGAGCUAAACUCUUCCAUGGAAAAUAUUGAAAGCAAUAAAAAAACAGUGAUUUAAUAAAAGCUCUAAAAUAAAAGCUCUAGAAUGAAUUAAGAGGAUACGUUUUGUUUAUAAGUCAAUAAUCACCAAUAAAUCGUCGCUGUUCCAAUGCAAUAUUUUUGUACGUUUAUGGAAACAACGUUAUUUAAAAUGAGGAUAAUGUUAUUAAAAAUACAAAUGAGUGUUGACCAACCCGAGGACUGUGGUCAUGGCCUUUAUUCUCAUAAGAUAAUGAGAACAUUAGUGAAGUUUAAAAUAUAUUUUGAGACAGCAAUAUGAUGAUGCGUUAGCAAUAAAUAAAAUGGAUAGCGCCGGAUUAGCGCUCUAUUUUUGGAUAAAGAUGGUUCAGUUUGCUAUGGUGUGAUAUGGAUAAGGAGUGUUACAUUAAUAUAUUUCCCCUGAUAUAUUACUUUACUUUGUGUGUUUUUUUUUUGGGGGGGGGGGUGUGAUUGGUGUCAAUACUGCUUUGGGGAUGCUGGUUUUGUGUCUUUUCAGUAUUUUAUUUUAUGUAUUUUUUCUAAAAAAAACUUGCUGAUGAUUACUAAAUUGAGUCCAGCUCAUUUCAAUAUGUUUUAUUUUGUAUUUUUUAUGUUUGGGUGGAAAAUCAAUGCAAGUGAUGAGUUUGUAAAUUGUAAAAUUGACUGUUGGAUAAGACCCGCCCCCCUGAAUGGUGACGUCCAAUCACAGCCAGGCACGACAGGUCCGUCAGAGUCACAUUCCUUAAAGUGGAGCAUUUUUCAACUUCCAUAUAUUCUUAGUUUUCCAGGUUACGGGUAAACAGCUCAUUACUAAACUGCUCAAUCGUUAGCAUGUCCAGCUAGCUGUCUUUAGAAACCAAGCCUUACUUUCAAUGAAAAGAGUUAGCAUGUCAUGAGCUAACGGCAUUAGCUUUGGCUCAUUCAUUCAUUGAAGUUGGGAUGCUAUCAACUUUUAUGUUAAUAUUAGCGGCUUUGUCCUGCUCUAGCAGACUCCAGGUAACAUUAGCUAGCUAGAGUCUGCAUUAACAGGAGCUUUUGUUUAGCUUAGCAUGUAGCCAUGACAAGUAUAUUUAAAAACCUGUUAAAGGCUACACAUUUAGACAAGAGGCUACGUCUCUAACCUGACGGACAAGUAGCAUACCCAGCUUAUCGUAUUUGACUCUAAAUGGGACCAUAAUGAAAAUCAUGCUGUGUUGAACCAGACUUAAAUCUAGCUAUUGAGACCCUGAACUCGUCAGGAAAAUUAGGUAAAUAAAGAAAAUGUUCUCAUAGACUUCAAUUCAAUCAGAAAAGUCCUCCCCUGCUGGACAUUAAAGAUAGUGCAGGUGAACAAGAACGUUUACUAGCGCAGCAACAUCAACUAAGGGGGUGGGGCUUAACACACCUGUCAGUCAGCUGUAACUUUCCUGCACUGAGGCUCCUUUGUUCUUUACACCUGUUACCUGUUGCUGUUUUUGUAAUAGUGUUAUUUGUCCUCAGAUUUAAGAGUUGUAUCUGGCAGCUUUUUCUGAUAGUGAAAAUGCGAAAAAGCAGGUUGCCAUUUUAUUAUGUCUGUGUGCGAAUGUAUGAAAAACAAAACAAUUGGCUAUGAAUUUACCCAUAUUGGGUUAGCUUCAUGAAUUAACAAUCACAGUGAAAUCACUCCACAGGAACACUUAAAUCGCAGUGUGUGUUUUUUAGUUGUUAAUUGUUAUUCACUGCUUUCGUGUUUUUUGUUCCAAUAAAUUUCGUCCUGAAACUUAAUUUCCCCCGCAGAUGUUUAACAUGCACUAAUGUCUACUUGCUUACACAUAUGUAUCAAUUCCUCUAAGUGUUUGCAUCGAGAUGGAGGUCAAUCGAACAGAGAUUUAUUUGAAACGCAAACUUUUCAAGACUUUUAUUUCCAUCAUGUCCAUCAAGGUUCAACAGGACUGAAGUCGCUUCAACUCAGUCGCUUCAAAAUAUUCUCAAAAAAUGUAAUUUAGUAAAAUGUCUGUCGUCACCUAGCGUGUUUUCAGGAGUGAGAAUAGACGCGUGGCUAAAGGCCCGUACACACCGAGGAGAGACGAUUAAACAACAUGUGAAACACUCGCCUGGUUAUAUUUCAAAUUAAAUAUUCCAGGAGAGCAGCGUAAAUUAGAUGAAACACUGACUGACAUGAUGUCAAUGGUUUUCUGAAUGUGUUACCCCACUGGUGGAUUUAAAAACAGAGGUAUUAAUAACUUCGAUUAAUAUGCAAUUUAUAUUUCAAGGGCCUUAACGGUACGUCCACACGGCAGCAUCACGUGCUUCAACGGAGACGCUUCCCAUUCACUUGGGGUGGCGUCACGCUUUGCCGAACUGCAUUGUGGUUCCGUCGCUUCGCUUUUUGCCUCCGUUGCUCGCUUCGAAAGUUGAGAAAAGUUCAACUUUUCAAGCGUCGACGGAAGCGCCAGCCAAUCAAAUGAUAUGCCAGUACAAGCUCUACCCAAUCCAACCGCAUGCUUGUGUGUCCGGGGCGGGACAUUAAUGUGAUUGGUUGUUGGUCGCACGCCAGACACGCCCACCGGCAAGCUUCAACGCGACGCUGCCGUGUGGACGCACCGUCACUGUUAAAGGUAGUGCAGGUGGUAUAAGCUGCCUUUAAUAACGAUUAAUAACGUUUGACAUCUCGUUGGAAAAUCUAUCUUGAUACGGGAAAGAAAUGUGGUUCUAUGCCGUGUCAUUUUCAUAUCCUGUUAGAAAUUAUUCAUAACCUGUGUCAUUAAAAAAAAAAGGCCCUUAUAGAAAAGAGUUCAAAGUCUAAAUAAGAUGGAAAAUCAGUUAACAAUAAAAAAUCUUGGUUUGUUUUACCUUUGUUUUGUAUUUAAUUCUUUCUUUCUGCCCGGAGAAUAUAAGGAGUAUUUUUGAUGUAUGUAUUCUUUCACCUAAAAAAUAACUUUUUCAUAAGAUGAUGAUUUCACCUGUAAACUGAAAUAAACUGAUUUGUUCACAUUUA